GAAAGAUGGCCAAUUAGAGUCCGGGAAUCUCGCUGGAAGAGGAAGAGAGGAGACAUCGGGAGGUUCCAUUGCGAUUGUCAGGUCUCUUUCCAUCCGUCCUUGCUCCUUGGUCGCUGUUCGUUGCCUGUUCGGCUUGGUUGACUGGCCUGCUGGGCUGGGCUCAUGGAUGCUUGCUUGCUUUCUCGCCUGGUUGCUUGGUUGACUGAAAUCGUGACGCACAAAGAAAUGAUCUCGCCCUGGCAGCAGGCCUUCCCAGAUCCAUUCCUUCCCGUCCUCACUAGUACUUUAUAACCACCGCGUCCUCCCUCCCCUCCAUCUCCCUUUUGCUUGCUUCUCCAAUCCAAACAAGUGAACAAAACAACGACUUCUCCAAACGAGAAUAACGACGACGAUACCCAAACGAACAACUACUACCACUUUAUAACCUACUACACGAUACCAACCGCCAUCAUGUCUCUUCACUAUCUCCCCCCCGUCAAGCCCUCGGCCAUCGCCCUCGGCACCAUCUUCAACCACACCACCGAGCUGGCCAUCAUGACCCCUCUCUUCGGCCAGACCUACCAGCGCGCCAAGCUCUCCAACAGUAAGGAGGAGUUCAUCAAGUCGCGCGAGGCCACCUCGGCCGUGAUGGCCUGGGGUUCGUCCCUGGUCGGCUCGGCCCUGCAGUCGUACGGUAUCGGUGCCCUGAUCAACGCCACCGGCACCCUCAGCUACCGCGGCGCCGCCUACCUCGGCGGUCUCAUCUUCGCUGCCACCUCUGCUCCCGGUUUCAUCUCUGAGCUGUUCGUCGAGAAGCGCGCCUUCGAGACUGUCGGCAUCAACGUCCUCGCUAAGCUGUUUGAGACUGUCGGCCUUUCUGUCUUCCUUACCUGGUGGGGAACGCGCACCAACCCUUUUGAGUACUCCUCUGCUACCUCCGGCUCCCCUAGCCUCGGCCGGACGAGCUGGCGCGCCGAGUAAAGGGUUCUUUUGAGUAAAAAGAACUCUAGGAUGGUUUAAUGAAGUUAAUGAUAAUAGGAACUUGGUAUCGCACCUACAAUUUGGAGUGUGAGCGUGUUCCUGGGCUUUCCCUUUUCUCUUAGUACCCUCUGUACUUGUAUCAAGCUAUUAGCAUAUCAGCAUUCCUGAGAUGAAUGGAAGACGCUGGUGAUACCUCACUGUUUGGUUCGUGUGCUUGUUGUUUGCUCGUGAUUGGAGUUGCCUUGCGUCUGAUAAAAGUGUUGUGUUGGUAGUUGGCCAUGUCAAUGUUGUGUCGUGUAUUGUGAGAUAGAGGUACAACGCACGGCAUUCGACCCAAAGACGGUUGGACACAUAGGAACGAAGAUGAGAACUGACGA